AUGUGGCGUUCUUAUAAGGCGGAAACUCCUGAUUUUUCGGAUGAAACCCAGGAAGUUGACAUCAAUGUUUCGGAAUCGGAUGAGUCGGAUCAUGAGAGCAGGUCACUUUCACCCUGUAUCCUAAUCAACUCGCUCAUCAUUGAGCCUACCGUUCGUCGUCUCUCCGAUAUCAAUAUUCGGCGUUCAGGCAGUAAAUCAGAUAUCACGGUUCAGCGUGAUGAGUUCUACGACCUUGCAUCGGAUGAAGACCACAAUGAACUCCGAAUUCCCGGGCGAAAGUCCCGUUCUGCUUCGGUAAAUUCAAACAACUCUCAUUCGAAUGAUGUUACUCUUCAAGUUCCAAUCACGAAAUCAGCUGCAACAUCUCCAACUCCAUCUGCUGGAUCCAUCUACUUUAAGAUAGUGGAAGGAAUCGAAAAGCUUUACUACUUUCACAAUAGAAUGAAUCUACCGUUCAACUACACUGCACGACGAAUUGGCUGUAAAUAA